AUGCAUUUUGAAAGUAUUGAAGCACGAGAAUUUUUCAAAUAAUCUAAAUAUUUGAGCCUUAAGAUCCUAAAUAAGUUAAUAAAAUAUAAGUAGCAAUGGAAUGUGCUCGAGUAAUAGAUUUAAAAAAAAAAAAGUGAAUUUAAAAAAUUAUUCAAAUACAAGGUAUAAAGGAAUUGAUACUUAAGAUU